AUGAGACCAGCUCUGACAGGACCGAUGCGCGUCCUCUUUCUGGUUUUCGUGUUCCUGCAAUUCUGGGUAUCACCAGCAAGCGCGUCAAACACCUCGCGCCAUUUGGAAACUACUUCUCUACUGACUUGUAUGCAAAACUCGCAGUUGACCGCUUCGUUCUUUGAGGUGAAGUUCUACCCAUCCUUGAACAAGGUCUAUUUCAAUAUUGACGCUACCACAACGAUUUCCACAAACAUCACAGCUGAGGUCCAGGUGAUUGUAUAUGGCCUCAAUCUUAUGGAAAGAAGCAUUAACUUCUGCAACCUAGACCAGCCUGCUUUAUGCCCCCUCCAGGCGGGCCGCAUUGAUGUCAAUAGCUCCUUUACUGUUGAUUCAGACAUCACCAGCAAUAUCCCUAAUGUGGCGUACACGGUGCCCGACUUGGAUGCUCAAGUUCGUGUGGUUGUAUAUUCCACAUCCGACACAGACCACGGCACUCCCCUGGCAUGCGUCGUGGCUCCUCUGGGUAACGGGAAGACUGUACAGACAAAGUAUGCAGCGUGGCCAAUCGCAGCCAUUUCAGGUCUCGGUGUUUUAACAUCUGGGUUUGUUUCAGUCAUCGGCCACUCAACUACCGCGGCACAUAUUGCCUCCAACUCCAUUUCACUGUUUAUUUACUUUCAAAACUUGGCGAUUACCUCCAUGAUGGGAGUAUCCAGGGUACCUCCUAUUGCCGCAGCGUGGUCCCAAAACUUUCAAUGGUCGAUGGGAAUUAUAAACGUUAAAUUUAUGCAAGACAUUUUCAACUGGUACAUCAAGGCGACGGGUGGUGAGCCAACUGUCGUGGUAGCAAACAAAGAUGUUUUGUCAAUUGCUGUCCAGAAGAAAAGGGUGAAGAGAGCUUUAGUAGAAGGAGCGAAGCAUCUUUACAAAAGAUUGACUAUUUCGACCACAGACAGUAUGGACUUGGACAGUUUCUUGAGUGAACAAGGUCUUUAUACUGGCAACGAAAGGAACUCUACGAACUAUGCUUCCAAAACCCUUGUAUUGCACGGGAUUCAGCGUGUGGCUUACAAAGCUGGGAUAGAACUCUCCAAUCUGUUUUUGACAGGCGUUGUGUUCACCUUCUUUUUUGUUUUCAUUGUUGUUAUUGCACUCAUGUUUUUCAAGGCCUUAGUCGAGUUACUUACCAGGACUCGUGUUAUGGCAGAGUCGUCCAAAUUCUUUGAGUACAGAAAAAGUUGGGGGAACAUUAUCAAGGGUACGCUAUUCAGGCUGAGUAUUAUCGCUUUCCCUCAAUUAUCAAUUUUAUGCAUCUGGGAAUUUACUCAGCGUGACUCUGCUGCAACUAUGGUCGAUGCUAUUGUGAUUCUUAUAACAAUUGGCGCAGUUUUGCUUUAUGGUGUCAUUAAAGUCGUUCUCAGAGGCCGAGAGUCAGCGCGGCUUUACAAGACCCCAGCCUAUAUGUUAUACGGCGACUCUAACUUCCUCAACAGAUAUGGUUUCCUAUAUGUUCAAUUCAAGGCUGACUUGUACUGGUGGCUCAUGCCACUACUAGGCUACUCGUUUUUGAGAUCAUUAUUCGUUGCAGUACUUCAGAAUAAUGGUAAAGCGCAGGCCAUGGUUACCUUCAUCAUAGAAAUGGUCUAUUUUGUGGCCAUUUGUUGGAAGAGACCUUACCUUGACAAGCGUACAAAUGCUUUCAACAUUGUUAUACACCUUGUGAAUUUUUUCAACGCGUUGUUCUUUUUGUUUUUCUCUGGCCUCUUCAGGCAGCCUCAAAUUGUGUCUUCUGUCAUGGCUGUUGUUCUUUUCGUGAUGAACGCAGUGUUUGCUCUGUUUUUGCUCAUAUUCACCAUCGUCACCUGUUCACUUGCGUUGAUUUACAGAAACCCAGAUGCUCGCUACCAACCUAUGAAAGAUGACCGUGUAUCCUUCAUCCCCAAAAUUCAAACGAACGGCAACGCGUCAAAAUCUGAAACCGAAUUGUUUGAGUUGGGUAAGGCUGUUAUGACCACAAAUGAAGCAAGUAACAUCUCCUCAGACAAGAGCUACAGGAACCAAAGCUCUAAAAAACUGCUAUUCGAUGAUGAGGUGGACGAUAGCUCGAUUUUCGACGAUCACUCUGGCGCCAGAGAAAAGCGGGCAAAUAGCGGCGAAGCAGUGCAGCCGAGCUCUGCUGUCCUAGGCCCUAGCACCUUCGGGACUUACCAGAAAAUCCCAACUGCCCCUUCAAGCCGUGGCGCUCAAAAUUUGAGAGCUCCAGAGAACACCUUUGGCAAUACGUCUUACCAAGGCUACACAGGAGCUUCCAGUAAUCCAUAUUCUAAAAACAACCCAUAUCUCUGA